AUGGAACUGCUUUGGAUAUUGCUGCUGGUGGUGGCCUUUUGUGUAUCUGCUGUCCAGAGCUCACCAGGAGAUGACAUCAAGGAGAACAUCAAUGUCAACAUGUCCCAUCCCUUGCACAUCAUGGAGGAAGGCAACCUGAUGGUGCUGACACCCCCCAGCCUGACCCAGAUGCUCAACCAGACCCGCUUCCUCAUGGUGCUUUUUCACAACUCAUCCUCAAAGCAAUCCUGGAACCUAGCUGAGGAGCUGGGAAAAGCUGUGGAGAUGAUGGGCAAAGGCAAGAAUGGGGUCAGCUUUGGCAAAGUGGACAUUACAGUUGAGAUGGAACUUCGGAAGGAGUUUGACAUCCAGAAGGCCCCAGAGUUGAAGCUGUUUUUUGAGGGCAACAGGUUGGAUCCCAUCAGCUGUGAAGGAGUGAUUGAAUCUGCUGCCCUGGUUGUUUGGUUGAGAAGACAAAUUAGCCAGAAGGCAUUUUUGUUCACUGACACUCAACAGGUGGUAGAAUUUGUGAAAGCCAGGCCCUUGGUCAUUAUUGGCUUCUUCGAGGAUUUAGAGGAAGAAGUAGCAGAGUUGUUCUAUGAUGUGAUCAAAGACUUCCCAGAGCUAACGUUUGGAGUGAUAUCAAUUAGUAAUGCCAUUGGGCGUUUCCAUGUCAUCCUUGACAGUGUUCUGGUGUUCAGAAAGGGAAAAAUUGUGAACCGCCAAGAGCUUAUUAAUGACAGUACCAACAAACAUGUCCUCAACCAAGUCAUAAAACAACACCUCACAGGUUUUGUUAUUGAAUACAACACUGAGAAUAAGGAUCUGAUUUAUGAACUGCACAUCCUGAAUCACAUGCUGCUUUUUGCCUCCAAAAGCUCCAAGUCAUUUGGUAUGAUAAUGCAGCAUUAUAAGUUGGCAUCUGAGGAAUUCCAAAAUAAGAUCCUGUUCAUCUUUGUGGAUUCAGAUGAACCCAGAAAUGGACGUGUCUUUGAAUACUUCCGGAUCACAGAGGUCAAUAUCCCAUCUGUCCAAAUCCUAAACUUAAGCUCUGAUGCAAGGUACAAAAUGCCUUUUGAGAACAUAACCUUCCAAAACCUCAAGAAAUUUGGCCACAGCUUCCUAACUAGAAGUGCCAAGAAUCAUCAAUCCAGUGAAGAGGUCCCAAAAUAUUGGGACCAGGGGCCAGUUAAGCAGCUUGUUGGGAAGAACUUCAACCUCAUUGUCUUUGACAAGAAAAGAGACGUUUUUGUGAUGUUCUAUGCACCCUGGUCUAGCAAGUGCAGGACACUGUUUCCCAUGUUGGAGGAUUUAGGCAUAAAGUAUCAAAACCACUCCACAGUCACAAUUGCCAAAAUUGACAUUACUGCAAACGAUAUUCAGUUGAUGUAUCUGGACCGGUAUCCUUUCUUCAGGCUCUUCCCUGCCAACUCAAAACAAGUUGUGCUAUAUAAGGGAGAAUAUACCAUGGAAGGCUUUUCUAACUUCCUGGAAAGUCAGGUCAAGAGAAGGAUUGAGGAUGAAGAUGAGCUAAUGUCUGUUGAGCAAAAUGAAGUGAUAGAAGAGGAGGUAUUGGCUAAAGAAGAGUUACUUGAACAGAAGUCACCUGAGCAAAAGAAUGUGGCUGAGCUGAAAAAGCCAGUUAGGCAGAAGGAAACAGUUAAGGAGGAGGAUGAGGAGGUGGCUAACCCAAAGGGACCACCAAGACAAGAGAAGAAACCAGAAAUCAAGGAAGAAUUGUAG